CUGGCAUGUAUGCUUCUUGGAUGGCUUGGUGGACUGAUUGUUUUCUUUAAAGUACGGCUGAAAGGGUUGGAAGCCUCAUUGAUUGUCUCCUUUGUCUUGUUUCAAUCGCUUUGAGCGUUCGCAUACAUUCAUUCAGACUCAAUAAUGAACAACUGCCCUUCAUCUCUAUACAUUUAACUCGAUCGAAACGUGACUGUCAUUCAAAGAGCACAAUAAGCCAAGACGCAACCAAUACGUCUCAGCAUGCGCUGCGCAACAAUGUCAACAUCUCCCCUCCCCUCUCUGUGCCCCCAAUACACUAGGCGCAUAUUGAACACAGCUCUCUCCACAGCUUUCAAUGCCCCACCAACGUCACAAAGACGACCCCUCUCCUCCCAGGCACUCAGUACCUCGCCGCGCCUCACCGGCCGGACCUGCAUGGUCACCGGUGGAACCUCAGGCAUUGGAUUCGCGAUCGCAAACCGAUUCCUCCAAGAAGGCGCGGAGCACAUCAUCCUCGUCGGACGAUCGUACGAGCGCCUCCUCAAAGCUGCCACCAAACUCCAAGUCAAUGAUGAAGGCACCGGAAACCAGGAAGCGGCUGAUGAAACCACACCAAAGUCGCAGGGAACCUUAGUCGAAUCUUCAGAUAGAAUAAGUCUCCUUGUGGGCGAUGUAUCGGAGGCUGGAUCGUGGCUGCGUGAGCUGGAGAAGGCGAUGCAAUCCGUCGACAUCCUAAUCAACGCAGCUGGGAUCUCCCACUCGAAUAUUCUUCCCAAGACAUCUCCCGAGGAAAUCUCGCAAACCCUCCGGACAAACCUUGAAGGCGCAAUCUUCACAUCCCGCGCUCUUCUCCGCGCCUCUCUCCGUAACAGGCUGAAAAGCCGUACCGGCGAGACCCGACCCGCCUCUAAAUGCAUCAUAAACAUCUCGUCAUUACUAGCGCUGAAAGGCGGAACUGGCGCGGUCCCAUACGCCGCUUCGAAAGCGGGACUUCUUGGCCUCACUAGGUCGUUAACAGUUGAGGCGGCUGGUUCUCUGCGUAAUGUGGUUGUGCGGUCGAAUGCGAUUGUGCCGGGGUAUAUUGAGACGCCGAUGAUUGCGGACUUUAGUGAGGGGCAGAAUGAGAGGUUGAAGGAGAGCAUUCCGUUAGGUCGGUUUGGGGUGCCGGAGGAAAUCGCGGAUGCGGCGGUGUUUCUGGCGGGGAAUGAGUAUGCGAAUAAUUGCGUUGUAAAUCUAGAUGGGGGGUUGAGUGCUGUGUAAUAUAUUAUAUUAUAUCUGGGGUUGGUUAUGUGUAUAUUAGGGUAUUGGUCAGGGCCUUUAGAGUGUUGUAGUCUGAGCUUUACUGCAGUGUACGAUAAUCUCAAUUAUGAUAACAAGUA